ACAGCUUUUAUUCCCAGUCUUUGUUUUCCUGGUUUUUACCACAGGGGAUCCUCUCCAGUCUAUAAAUAAGCUACUAACCUCAUUCUCUUGCUGAUACAUCCUCAAACAAGAGAUCGUUUUGGAAGAAACAAAGCAAGACAGAGCUGUACAACGACAUCAACACCAUCCGACCAUGGUGAAGAGCAGCAGCAGCAAGGUUCUUCAAGCUUCAGCUGAUUCCAACAACAACAGCACUCCAUCAAAGCUAGGCAGCAACGGCAAGAGGCACUACAAGGGUGUGAGGAUGAGGAGCUGGGGUUCAUGGGUCUCCGAGAUCAGAGCGCCGAACCAGAAGACCAGGAUUUGGUUGGGCUCGUACUCGACGCCGGAGGCUGCCGCCCGGGCCUACGACGCAGCGGUGCUCUGCUUGAAAGGCAGCUCUGCCAGCCUCAACUUCCCCGCUUCGCCACCCUUUCAUGUCCCAGAAGCCAUUAUGUCCCCCAAGUCCAUCCAACGAGUGGCGGCGGCAGCUGCUGCGGAUGCAACAAUGUCAUUCUCUGGCCUGGACGCCAUGUCGCCACCCUCUCCUCCUCCAACAUCGUUGCAAUCGGCAUCACUACCAGCAGGCGUCACCGAUGGCGACACAUUGAUGACAAGCCAAACGGAAGAAGCUCCAUUCGGUGACGAUUGUUUGCUUGACACGAUCGACGUCGAGGCCUUCUUCCAAUCGCCCAAGUUCAUGGACUACAUGCUUCACCCGUCUUCCUUCUUUGGUCCUUCCCAAGUCGACGACUGCGGCGAGGAAGGCGACAUCAGCCUCUGGAGUUUCUGCUAAUUACAUUUCACCAUGUUCUCUAUCAAUUCAUGAAGAUGAAAUUAAGAGAAUCUACUGACUGUUGAUGAAUAUGUUUUAUUUGAUUUCUUUCAACAUGUCUAUCAGCUGGUCCAUAGGAUGCUCCUUCUUGAUAUAUGUAACAAUCUUAUCUACUUGUAAAAUAUUUUCAAGGAUUAGAUCAAAUAAUGGUUUUGGAAUUAGCAUGACA